UGGGAAAACCACCCUGACAAGUAAUCUGAUCAAGACGUUGCCCAACUGCUGUGUUGUGCACCAGGAUGACUUCUUCAAGUAAAUAUGGAAAUCACCUUGAUGUCUAUGCAACAUAGUUUCUUUCCCUCGUUGUCUCUUCUCACUGCAUCGGUCGUGAUUUUCCUGCCUUUUAUAUCCUUUUAAUGUCUUUUUAAUAAUUGUCUUUGUGUACUGUGAAAGCCACCUAACAACAAGCUUUAAAAAACAACUUAUGGUCACAGUGUCUAUUUUCUCCUUCAUCUCCUUUAACACCUUCAUAUUAUAUAGAGCAUUUCUGUCUUUCCCCAAUUUCACUGAGUCUGUACUUUUAUAAAUGGCUUGCUUUAUUUUGUGCAUGCCUUUUGGUGUGUGUCUUUUUUUUCUCUUUCUCUGGCAUUGAGUGGGAUCUGCAAGUGUUCAGAGCUGUGAGGUUGCAGCAAUGUUUUAUUGGUGACUGUUAUUUCAGAAACCUGAUCAGAUAGAAGUCGGAGAGGACGGCUUUAGACAAUGGGAUGUGAUCACAGCUUUGGAUAUGGAGGCCAUGACAAACACGGUAAAAGGCUGGAUGGAGAACCCAGUGAAGUUCGCCCGUUCCCACGGCGUCCCUCUGUCCUCUGCGUCCAGUGUGACCAACCCUGAUGAGCAGACCCACAUCCUCAUUGUGGAGGGCUUCCUGCUGUACAACUACCCGCCCCUGCUGGAUGUUUUCAACAAGUGUUACUACAUCACGAUUCCCUAUGAGGAGUGCAAGAGAAGGAGAAGUACAAGACAGUACACCGUCCCCGACCCUCCCGGCCUGUUUGAUGGCCAUGUGUGGCCGAUGUACCUGAGACACAGGAAAUCAAUGGAGGAGAGUGGCUUGAAUAUAAAAUACCUGGAUGGUUUGAAGCAAAAAGAGGAGAUCUACAACCAGGUGUACGAGGACAUUCAGAACAACCUGCUCAAUCGUUCAUAGCAGGAAGACUUCCUCUCCAUCCUUGUACAGAAUUUGUAAAUAGUCCCAUGGAUUUUUGUUUUUUAUGAAGUUUUUCUAAUUUUAUUCUUUGUAUAUGCGACAAAGCAAUGUUAACUUAUCAUUGUCUUUUUUUAUCAUCUUCAGAUGAUCUAUAUUUUGUUUUUCCUUUUUAUGUGAUUGUUAAACGGAUCGUUAGUAUGUUACUGUGAUAUUAAACCACUCACUUGUACUGGACCAGUUGUCACUUUGUCCUACAAAUAAAUGAAUUAGUAGCUGUUGAUAUACAGUACACAACAA